AUGCACGCCCUGCCGGCGUUCGACGCGCCCCUGAGCGAGCGCCUCCUGCACCGGGGCCCCGACUACCUGCGCCGGCACCUGGACGCGGCGCGGCCGGCGCGCAGGAGCGCCGUGGAGAGGCUGGCGGCCGACCGCGCCAAGUACGUGAAGAGCCGACCGGUGGCCGGGCCCACCUCCGCUUCCGAGAGCAGCAGCGAGAGCUGCUCCGGGGACAGCCGCAGGAGCGCCUGCGACCCCCGCGGCCCGGAGGAGACGGCAGCCGGCGCCCCCCAGCUCCCGGCCCGCGCCCCGUGCCCCGUGGCUCGCAGGGCCAUUGCCCGGAAGCCGCUGAGGCCGGACUCGCUGGUCAUCUACCGGCAGAAAUGCGAGUUCGUCAGAGGGCCCGGCGCCGACGGCUCCAGGGGAAGCUUGGUGAAGAAGCUCUUCCAAGGGCCAGGCAAGGACAAGGCGCUGGUGCCCCCUGAGAUGCCUAAAGUGGGAGAGGAGGGCCAGGAGGCCGCCCCGGCCAAGGCCCCAGGGAGCAGCCUUGGCGCCGGCCCUGUCGCCGGUUCAGUACCUCCCGCGCCACCUACCCCCUCCCUGCCUGCCAGGGCACCCAGCAGGUGCCAAGCCGCGCCCCCUGGUCCUGAGCUCCUCCAGGAGGUAAGGCGCCGGGGCCUGCACCGCUCUCAGUCGGACAUCAGCUCCCGCUACUCUAAGUCCUUUGCAGAGUCUGACACCUUUUUCCAGUACUGCGGCCUGGACCCCGAGGUGGUGGAGGACCUCGGCAGGGAGAACUUUUCAGCAGGGUCAGACCACAUCGCCUUCAGAGUCCGCAGCGUGAGCAUGGCCACGUCGGACAGCGGCUUCUCCCGGCACAGCGGCGGGGACGACGGACUGCAGGAAGACGAGCUGGUGGAGCAAGUCCCCAGCAGGACCUCGGUCAUCGAGAAGAACGCUCGCAUCAUCAAAUGGCUGUACACCUGUAAGAAGGCCAGGGAGACCCCCACGCAGCAAGGGGCUGCAGGAGCUGGAGGGACGCCGCCUGCGCCCAGACCGGGAGACCGGAACCCUAAGGUGGGCUUUCCCAGAGCCUGAGAAUGGUGUCUGUCUGUGUGCGUGUUUGUGUUUGUUCAGUGUAGCCAAGUUGAGUGGUGGUUAGUGGCAACUUCCGGUUAGAGUCCAGUAAUCUAAAAUUGGAAGCAAACCAAAAACCCAAACCCGUUGCUGUGGAGCCAGUUUUGAGUCAUAGCGACCCUAUAGGGCAGAGUAGAACUGCCCCAUUGAGUUUCCAGGGAGCCCUGGUGGAUUGGAACUGCCGACCUUUGAAUUAGCAGCCAUAGCACUUAACCACUACACUAUCAGGGUUUCCAAAACCAAACCCAUUGCCCCUGAGUCGAUUCUGAUUCAUAGUGACCCUGUAGGACAGAGUAGAACUGCCCCAUAGAGUUUCCAAGGAGC